CGCUUUUUUCAAAACUUUUACGUUUUUGUCAUCCGCCGAGUCUACGCUUUGCAUACACCAUUAAUGGGCGCAAAAAUUCUCUAAAUGUUGCAUUACGGUUUGAAUCUUUAAAUGCAACGGUCGUAUGAGAAAUCACAAGUGCGCGUGGUGCCUUAGUGCUUAGGAAAAAACAAAUAUUUUGAUAAUAUUUAAUUUUACAAUUUCUGAAGUGAAAUGUGUUAAAUAAAAGGAAUUAAAAAGUUACACAAUGAAAAUUUCAUUAUUUCACUUAAUCUUGGCGUUAAUUUAUGCGCUCGCCAAUGCAGCGGACGAUCGACCGCAAUUCAAUGUUGGUAUAAUUUUCUCCAACAAAAAUAAUGAAACCGAAAUCGCCUUCCGCACCGCCAUCGAACGCGCCAACGUCUUUGAACGCAGCUUCGAGUUGAUACCCAUUGUCGAGUACGCCGAUCUGGAUGAUAGUUUUAUUGUGGAGAAAACAGUGUGCAAAAUGGUUGCGCAAGGCGUUAUUGCUAUUUUCGGGCCGAAUACAGCAGGAGGCACAGACAUCGUCAGCUCUAUCUGCAACACACUCGAUAUACCGCAUAUAGUUUUCGACUGGACCUCAAGUGAAGCACUCGACGAUCGUCAGCACUCGACCAUGACACUCAAUGUGCAUCCAAAUAAUGUCUUACUCUCACGUGGCUUAGCGGAGAUCUUGCAGAGUUUUGGUUGGCGUAGCUACACCGUCAUUUACGAAACGGAACGAGAGCUCCAGCAAUUACAGGACAUACUACAAGUGGGUGAACCCACCAACAAUCCAACAACUGUACGUCAGCUAACUGAAGGUCCAGAUUUUCGACCAUUUUUAAAGAAUAUUAAAUUGUCUACCGAUAACUGUAUUGUGCUACAUUGUUCCACCGAGAAUGUCGUGAGCAUUUUGAAACAAGCAAAUGAGCUAAAAAUGUUGGGUGAAUAUCAGAGCGUUUUCAUUACCGUACUCGACACGCAUACACUAGACCUGAAGGAAUUACUCUCGGUUACCGCAAAUAUUACCACUGUACGCUUAAUAGAUCCCACCGAUUAUCAGGUUAAGAACGUGGCACAUGACUGGGAGGAGCAUGAGAAGCGUGAGAAACGUUAUUAUCGCGCUGAUCCGUCACAAGUGAAGACCAAUUUGAUUUUGGCUAAUGAUGCCGUUUACAUGUUUGCCAAGGGUCUCGCCGAACUUGGCAUCGCAGAAGAGCUUAAUCCGCCGAAAUUGGAUUGUCGCAAGAAUCGUGCUUGGCCGCCGGGUAGACGUAUACUGGAGUUUCUUAAAGCGCGUUCCGUGGAGGGCGCCACUGGUCGUGUCGAUUUCAAUGAGCAUGGCGAACGAAACUUUUUUACCUUACGGUUUAUGGAACUAACAUCCACCGGGUUUCUCGACUUGGCAACGUGGGAUCCAGUUAAUGGCCUAGAUUCACUCGAGAAGGAAGAUGCCAGUGAGAAGCGUGUAGGCGAGAAACUAUCAAAUAAAACUUUUAUAAUCACCUCGCGUAUUGGCGCACCCUUCUUGCUGAAUAGAGAACCAAAAGAAGGUGAAAUUCUACAGGGCAAUGCACGUUAUGAAGGUUAUUCCAUGGAUCUCAUUGAUGCCAUAGCCAGACUCUUGAAUUUCAAGUAUGAAUUCGUCCUAGCACCAGAUGGUAAAUACGGUAGUUUCAAUAAAAUCACGCAAUCUUGGGAUGGUCUUGUUAAACAGUUGUUGGAUGGUAAUGCCGAUCUUGGUAUUUGUGAUCUCACGAUGACUUCAUCGCGACGUCAAGCGGUUGAUUUUACGCCACCCUUCAUGACGCUGGGUAUUAGUAUACUCUAUGCUAAGCCCGAACAAGCGCCGCCGGAUCUUUUCUCUUUCCUUUCGCCAUUUUCACUGGAUGUUUGGGUUUAUAUGGCUACUGCAUAUUUGGGUGUUUCGUUGCUGAUUUUCGGCCUCUCUCGUAUGGCUCCGGCAGAUUGGGAAAAUCCUCAUCCUUGUAAGGAACCAGAAGAAGUGGAGAAUCUCUGGUGUAUGUCAAAUACCACAUGGUUAGCCGUUGGUUCGAUUAUGGGUCAAGGUUGCGAUAUAUUACCAAAAGCUGCUUCGACACGUCUGGUGACGAGCAUGUGGUGGUUCUUUGCCUUGAUGAUGUUGAAUUCUUACACUGCCAAUUUAGCCGCCUUCUUAACAAUGUCUAGGAUGGAAAGUUCCAUUAAAAGCGCUGAAGAUUUGGCGGCACAAAGUAAAAUUAAAUACGGUGCUUUACAAGGCGGCAGCACAAUGGGCUUCUUUCGGGAUUCGAAUUUUUCCACCUAUCAACGCAUGUGGACUGCCAUGGAAACAGCUCGUCCAUCGGUGUUCACACAAAGUAAUGAUGAGGGUGUGGAUCGUGUACUCAAAGGUAAAGGUCUCUAUGCAUUUCUUAUGGAAUCGACGACAUUGGAGUAUAUAAUUGAAAGGAAUUGUGAUUUGAUGCAAGUUGGCGGUUGGUUGGAUUAUAAAACUUAUGGCGUUGCCAUGCCAUUUAACUCGCCUUAUCGUAAACAGAUCAGUGGCGCUGUCCUCAAACUUGGUGAAUCUGGUACUUUGUCGGAGUUGAAACGUAAAUGGUGGAAAGAGAUGCAUGGCGGUGGUUCUUGUUCGCAAACGGAGAGCAGUAGCAGCGAUACACCGGAAUUAGAUUUAGAGAAUGUGGGUGGUGUAUUCUUGGUGUUAGGCAUCGGACUACUUACUGCUAUUCUUAUUGGUGUCUGUGAGUUUUUAUGGAACAUAAAAGCGGUGGCAAUUGAGGAAAAGGUUUCGCUCUCAGAAGCAUUCAAAGCAGAACUUUUGUUUGCUCUACGCUUCUGGAUACAAACAAAACCGGUCCACACUUCUUCCAGCAGUGGUGGCUCCUCUUCUACAUCCUCCUCCUCUUCUUCCAAAUCAUCCAAAUCUAGUAAAUCAUCCUCCUCUUCUUCAUCAACGUCUUCGAAACGCUCAAAACACUCGUCGAAAUCGUACGCCCGCUCCAUUUCUCAAAGCACUAAAAGUAUUACAAAUGCUACACAUGAUCUGGAAAAGAACGAAUUGUCUGUUCAUGAUAAGCUGCGUAAAAUAAGCUCGAUGUUUUCAUUAAAGUCUGCAAAGUCCGAACCAUCGGUUGCAGAUGUACACUUGGAGUCUCUUCCUGCUAUAAAAAAUAACCCACACCAAAAUCAUCAUCAGCAGCAUCAUCAUAAUCAUCAUCAACAACCAGUAAAUAAAUCCAUGCACACACAAAUGGUACGCGAAGUUGCUCAGCAGACUACACCACUCUCAGAGCAACAGUCGGUUGAUGAAGAUGAGGAGGAACAACAACAAGAGGUUGAAGAGGAACAACCGGCUCCACAGCCACAACCCAUCGAACGCCAUCAUCAUCAUCACCAUCGCCACCAUCAGCACAAACAUCACGAUCACAACCACCACAGUCCACAUGAUCAAGAUCAAGAACAACCGGGUAUGCAAUUAAUUGAACGCACACAAAAUGGUAAAAUGGCACGUAAUGGACAUGCCGCCGUUUCAGUGCAAGAGGUCUGAAAGAUUUGUAAAUGAUUUGAAUAUAGUUAAUUUUACAAGACACGUAACUUUGUAUAUAUGGGAAUCUACAUCCCCGUUAAUUGCCAAUCCCUACAUGGGAAUUACAUCAUACAUGUAUACAUACAUACAACAUAAGUAUGCAAAAUCAUUAAUCAUCUCU